AGCACUCUGGCCGCGCGGCGCGCGUUCGCGCGCGCGCCUGUUGGCCGUGCCCCGCGCCCCGGGCCCUCGCCGCGCGACGCCCGGCCGUCUGGCGGAGCAGCCGCCGCCGCUGCGGCCGGCAUCGGCGACUCGAGGCGCAGUACACCUUAGGCGGAGAAGCGGCCGCCAUGGACCUGAGAGUCGAGAGAGACUGGCACCGCGCGCCCGAGAGCGCGCCCGGGCACGGCGGGCCUCCGCUGCAGACGAGCACCGAGGGCCUGCGGGCGGAGAUCCAGGGCGCCUUCCACGAGAUCGUCCUCCCGCAGAUCCAGAAGGACCCGGACCUGUCGGACAUGCGGCGGGACCUGCAGCUGAUCUCCUCCAGGCAGGCAUCCGCGGGCUGCUCCGCGGAGCACUUUCCCCAGCGCUCGAGGCCGGGGCGAGAGACCGUCGUUCGCAGCAGCAGCAGCGGCGACCUGGCUCACUGGGGGCGUGCUUCGUCAGAGAGCUGGAGGCGGACGUCGUCCGACCCCCAGGGGCCGAGCUCGAGGCGGCCCGAGGCCGCGCACGACCCCGCGGAGGCCGCGGGCAGCAGGCAGAAGGCGGCGCGAUCCACGAACAAGGCGAGCAGCCUCAGGGUGUUUGUUGCCAGCAACGCCCAGAAGAAGCUCGAGGAUCAGCAGCCGCCGGCGCCACCGCACUACAUCACCGAGUGCAGCGAUGACGGCGGCAAGGACGAGGCGGAGGUGAGCCGGGUGCGCCCGCCUGCGCCACUCGACGGGCGCCCGAAGACGCCGGCGGAUCCGGAGCCGUCGCUCGACGUGGAGAACCCCAGGUACAGCUCCGCGGCCAGCUCCGCGGCCAGCUCCGCGGCCGUCGUUCCGCUGCAGACCCAGGCGCCAGCGGCACAGCUCAACGGCGCGGAGGUGCAGGAGCGGAUGAGCCGAGGCAGCGGCUCGAGAUCGCGGGACGGGGGCCUGCGGAAGGCAGCAGCGGAGUCGCCACACCAGCAGGAUGCGCUCAGGAUGUCCGCGGGGAGCGGCAGCAACGUCAGCCGCGACUCCAACUUUCGGGCCACGUUCGGGCCCGACGUCGUCAUCCAGAAGAACCCGAGGCUGCAGCGAGGAUCGACGCAGGGCGACCUUUCCAAGGCCGGCUUGGCGAAGCAGUCCCUCUACAACGCUCGCGUGUCCUUGGCGGUCGCGAAGGCCGGCGAGCAGAGGACGCCAUUCAGGGAGUGGCUGUGGAAGCUGACGCAUCGGGAGACGUGGAGGGGCGUGUCCGCCCACGCGGUUCUGACGAGCUUCAGGUUCGACAACGUCAUCAGCUUCCUCAUAUUGGCCAACUCGGUCACCAUCGGGCUGGAGGCGGACUACGCGGCGCGCCACGUCACGGAGGAGGCGCCGUUCGGGUACCGCGUCAUCGAGAUCUUCUUCUGCAUUGUCUUCACCACGGAGCUCUUCCUGCGCGUGUGGGUCUACAAGCUGGACUUUUUCCUGAAGAAGGAGACAGGCGUACUCUGGAACUACUUCGACCUGCUGGUCGUCAGCGCACAGCUCGUUCAGGAGGUGUUCGAGUACAUGCAGUCCGGCGCCAAUGAUAACAACGAUGCUGGGAACUUGCGCAUCUUGCGCAUCCUGCGGGUCCUCAGGAUCGUGCGCAUCUUCCGCCUGGUGCGCGUCCUGCACCUCAUCAGCGAGCUGCGGACGAUCGUGAGCUCCAUCAUCGGGUCUUUCCGGUCGCUCUUCUGGACAGACGGUGCUACUGCUCCUGCUGAUGAUGUACAUCGUGGGCGUAUGGUUUCUCCAGACGGUCACCGAUUUCUUCAUCACGCGCUCCGAUUACGACGACAAUGGCGUCUUCAUCGACUUCUCCGAAGGGGAAUCAUCUCUCAAGCAUCACUUCAACUCGCUUGCCAGGACGAUCCUCUCACUGUGGCAGGCGCUCUCGGGGGGCGUCGACUGGAGAGCGACAUGGGGGACCCGCUCAUGGUGGAGAUAGAGCCGAUGCUCGGCCUCGCCUUCGCCGCCUUCAUCCGUUCCCGACCUUGUGGCGGCGUGCUGACAGGCGUCUUCGUGCAGACCGCGCUCCACAGCGCCGAGCGUGAGGAGGAGAAUUUCCUCACGGACCAGAUCAUCGCGCUCUUCCACAAGUGCAAGUCGGACGGCAACUGGGGCUGCAUCUCCGAGCAGGACCUCGACGAUCGCCUGGCAGACCCAGACAUGGCCAAGGAGUGGAAGAACAUCAACGUCACCGCCGACGAGGCCAAGUACGUCUUCGCGCUGCUCGACGUCGACGAGAGCGGAGAGGUGCAGUUCGAGGAGUUCCUGAGCGCAUGCCUGCGCCUGAGGGGGAAUGCGAAGUCGCUGGACAUGCUCAUUCAGCUGAGUCCCGGCACACCAAGAGGGUGCUGGAGGAUGCGCUUGCCAGGCUCGAAGAAAACGUGACCAAGAUCACAGACACGAUCCAGGAGAAGGUGAGCCGUGUUCUGGAGGAGAGGAGGAGGGGGUGCGCCGCUUUCUGCAGACGGUGACGUUCAAGCCCCCGAAGCAGGUGGACGGCACCUUUGAGGUCGGAACGCCGUCAACAUCCGACGAAGAGGUGUGAGGCACCCGCGGCUUUUCCAUCGCCGGUGCAUGUGCUCCUCGUUCGGAUUUCGGCGAGGGAGCCCUUUCCUCCUACGGAUCUUUCUCCUGUUCCUCCUCCCCCUCGUCCUCGCAGGCCCCAUUCCGCGGCACUCCUCGUCAUCCGCGCGGAGGGUUAUGUGCUGAAGGCGGCAAUUCCUGACAUCGAUUCGGAGUUCGACCCGCCUACCUGCUUGUACGAGGGCGUACGGUUGCUCUGCUCCCGUGGUCUGCCCGUGCUGGGGAGCAGCGGACGUGCACGAGGCGCGUCUCGAUUCUUGCCAUUGCUGACCCCCCUUGCGCUCAAGAGUCUCUGCGCGCAGGCUUCCUCUGCCGUCCAGGAUCCUGUGCAGCCAGAGUCCCGCUUGAGCUGCAAACAAGCAUCGGACGUAGCGCCUGCGAGCCUCGUCGACUGCUCUUGGGGUCUACGAUGCUCAAUAUUUAACUUAGCGGAGCACCGCCCGUUUGCGUGCUCCUGCUCGCGGCCGCCGCCUCUCUCGGGGGGGAGGGGCGCUGGAGGGAAGGCGCGCUCGCCACCCGGCCGUGGCCCUGCCCCUGCCGUUUGGUUCUCCCCCCUCCUCCUCCGCCCACGGGGGCGGAGCUCCUCCUUCGUCUCCAGCUGCUCUGCACGGGCGACCCGUGCCGGACGAGCGGGAGCGGUGAGGAAGGGGAGUUCAGGAGAGGCAGGACGAAUUGAAGGAUGAGUUUCCUGUUGAAGUGUAAUGAGUUGAGCUGUGAUUCAAUGGCGUUCAGCUGCUCGUCCACGCUCAUAUGAUCCGGUAGCCUCUUGGUUGAUGGAAUGGAGCAUCUCACCUAUUUGCUGUUUUUUGGCUGCCACCCCAGAGGCGCGUGAACUGGUUUCCCGGCCGACAGUGAAAGGGCGUUCUCAUUUGAUUUUUCCGUUCGGCUGUCUUCCGCGCAUUCUUUCGCAGCGCCAGUGAGUUGGUUGUCUAAAGAGCGAUAGCAGGCGAGUUUCGUUCAGCGCGACGGGCGAUGCUGGUCUGAGCACGCCUGCAGCUGCGACGAUCCAGCUGCUUCGUUGGAGCCGGGACCUUUAGGUUUCCCGCUGUCGGGGAAUGCAUCUCGAUGGUUGUGGUGCCAAGCCCUCGCCGGACAGCAGUCUAUUUUCUAGACAUUUUUCCUUGCCGGUGUGCUAUCGAUCACCACCAUCACCACUACUGCAGAGAAAAGGCGGCUGUUAGACAGCGCAGGAGGUCCUGGCAA